AUGAUUCGACACCUCAUCUGGAAGAACGCCGGAUUCGCCAGCCUGCGCAAGAUCAGAAAACAGCUCGAAGACUACGAGCCGCGAGUCGACCCGACCGUCGUACCGACUUCCGAGAUCCUUGAAGACGAUGACGCCCUGCAGAACCAGGAAGCAGAAGGGGAGAAUGGCCAGAAAGUUUAUACCGCCGAAGCGCAGCUGGCCUCUACCGCCGUGCCGCCGCGCGCCAGAUACUAUACGGUGCAAGACUACCAUGACAUGUACGUCUCGGGUGAACUGACGCCGACGGCGGUAGCAAAGGCCAUCUUGCCGCUUAUACGCCGAGAUACUACGCCGCCGGGAGAACACUCUGCGGCCUGGUUCGAGACGCGGGUUGACCUGGUUCUGGCUGCGGCUGAAGCGUCAACCUUACGGUAUAAGCAGGGAUGCCCACGAGGACUGAUGGAUGGUAUACCAACCGCCGUCAAGGACGAGUACGACAUUGACGGGUACAAGACUUGUCUGGGCUCCUUGAACGAUUACACAAGCGAUCCUGCCUCAUCCGGCGGCUCCAUUGCCAGCUGGUGUGUAAGAAAGCUUGAGGAGGCCGGAGCUGUCGUCCUGGGGAAGCUCUCCAUGCACGAAUUCGGUCUGGGUAUGUAUACUCUCGCUGAGAUAUAUAUAUAUAUACUACAUAAACAAGUAUUAACAGUCGAUGUAGAUACCUCUGGAAGUAACCCGAACUACGGCACUCCCCUCAACCCGUACAACCCCAAGUACUACACCGGCGGCAGUUCCUCCGGCACCGCUUACGCAGUCAGUGUCGGACUGCUCCCCUUUGCCCUCGGAAGUGAUGGCGGCGGCAGCAUUCGCAUCCCAUCCUCGUUCUGCUCCGUCUACGGCCUCAAGCCAACCCACAGCAGAAUCUCCCACCACCCGGGCCCCAACCAUUCCAACACCUGUGCCGUCAACGGGCCCAUAGCGGCUGACCUGCAAUCCCUCUCCGCACUCUACCGCAUCAUAGGCUGCCCGCCACCAACCUCACCUUUCCUGCCAGUCUCUCCAAGGCUCGCGCCCUGCAAUCCCAACGGCGCCAAAUACCUCGGAGUCCCCGAAGCGUGGUUCUCCCAGGCAACUCCCGCAAUCCAACGUCUCUGCCGAUCCGCCAUCUCCACCCUCGCUGAUAAACACAACUACACCGUCGUGCCCAUCCAGAUACCCUACCUGGUUGAAGGCCAGAUCGCACACGCCGUCACCAUCCUCACUGACGCCGCGACUUUGCUCCCCGAUACAUCCAAUCUCACAGCCCCGAAUAAGAUACUGCUUGGUCUGGGUCGCGAAACGCCUGCUACGGAUUACUUGCUUGCUCAGAAGCUUCGUCGCUUGCUAAUGCAGCAUCUCUCCUGGCUAUGGAAGGAGUACCCGGGUAUGAUCAUUGUGACGCCCACGACCAGCUGCGCGGGCUGGCCGAUUCGGGACCAGAAGGAGCUCAAGUACGGUAUCAGCGAUGGAGACCAGACGCUGAAAACGAUGAAUUUCAUCUGGUUGGCUAACUUUACUGGUCUCCCUGCGAUUAAUGUGCCUGCGGGCUUUGUAGUUCCCGAGGGCGCGAAGAACGAAGGCGAGAUCGCGGAGGAGAGCACCGAGGGGAAGAUACCGAUUGGGUUGAUGGGGACGGGCGAAUGGGGCAGUGAGGAUUUCCUUAUGCGUUGGGGUCUGGAUGUUGAGAAUGUCGUGGGUGAUCGCAGGUCGAAACCGCCUGUCUGGGUGGACGUCGUUGCUAAGGCGAAGCAAGCUAUGCAAUCCGGCGUGUAG